GCCUCAUUCCAUCAAACUACAGAGGAGUUUCAAGAGUCUCACUACUCAUGCAGGACUAUAUUGCAAAACAACAGAACGGCGAGAUAAUAAUUAAAAAAAAAACUUCUAAUAUGAGCCAUGGUCAAGCUCGUACAGUUGGCUAUCGAAAUAGGUCUAUAGGUAUGCACUAGAAAUCAGAAAGCUGUCGACAAUCCCGGCUGAAAUCACCCAUCAUCAUCACGGUGAUCAGGAAUAUAUUCGUUGUGGUGCUUUAAAAAAUAGAUACAUUCUUAUUUUUUUCCUAAUCGCUUUUUUUUGUCUCGAUUCUUCGUCAUAAUGGAGGUACAUGAGAUAAUUCCCGAUGUCAUCGAUGUCGUUCCCGAGCACGUCGCCGAGAUCGUCUGGUCUGAUGACGUCAAGGCAAACAUGGGCAACGAGCUAUCUCCUACCCAGGUGAAAUUCCCACCGACAAAAUUCUCCUGGCCAUCCGAGCCUGAUGCUUUAUAUACCCUAGUGAUGAUUGACCCGGAUGCUCCAUCGAGAGAGGAUAGGUCAGUGGGAGAGGUCAUUCAUUGGUUAGUUAUCAACAUACCAGGAUGUGAGGUCAGUCAAGGUCAAGUUCACGCGGAGCACAUUGGCUCAGGACCCCGAGAAGGAUCAGGUCUCCAUCGGUACGUUUUUCUGGUCUACCGCCAGUCAGGUCUCCUGACCCCACCCUCGGGAGAGGAUGCUUACAGACCCCGCAACAGCGAGAGGAGAAUCAGGUGGAGAGCUAUACGUUUCGCUUCGCAACACGAUCUAGGGGACCCUGUUGCUGGUAACUUUUAUCUGGCCAAAUACGACGAUUAUGUGCCAACAUUUUACAAAGAACUGCAUGCGAAUGAUCCCGAUCACGCUGAUUAAGUACCAGGGGCCCGUUGCAUAAAACUUUUGCCAUAAAAAAACUCUGGCAAACAAAAUAAUGCCAUUGAAAAAUACCCAUACCCUUCCGCUCUCAGCCCCUUUCUCCUUCUGACUUUCCCCCUCUCCCUUCGCCGCUCCUCUCCUCCCCCCCCCCUCACCACAAUAUCUCCCUUUCUCUCUCCGUCACUGUACAUCUGUUCUUUUUUUACUACCCCCUCUUCCUACUCUCUGUUUCCCCGUCCAUCCCAUUGCCUCCCUCCCCUUCCCGACCCCCUUUCCCUUCACCUAUCCCCCUACUCAUCACAGUCAGAAUUUCACUCGUACCUCUUUAUCAAUGCUAUCACCCAUCUUCAGUAGAUGUAGAUGUAUUAUUCCAUAUCAACCAUAACAAUUCUACUCGGUGAAUUCUAAUAUCAUUCAUCAUCAUCCCUAUGUUAAUAAAAUUAUCAUCAAUAUUCAUCUGCAGUAGAUGUAAAUGUAUAAUUCGAUUGUAGCCAAUUUCAUCAAUGCCUGUUCAGUGUAUGAUAUUCACAUUCAUAAUCAUUAAAGCCAUCAUGAUCAUUAAUAUCAUCACAAUCUUCAUAAUCCCCUUGUUAUUUUAUUUUUUAUUUUGAUCAAAAUCUUCAGUAGAUGUAGUUGUAUUAUUCAAAACAGCUAAGAUAACAAUGCUAUAGUCAGUGAAUUUCUGUGUCAUUCAUGAUCACAAUCAACACCACGUUGAUAAAAUUAUCAUUUUUAUCAACAUCAUCAGCAUCACCAUCAUGAUCACCAUCAUCACAAUCACCACUACUACCACCAGACCAACAAAAUCAUCGCCACCAUCACCACCAUAAUCACCAUCACCACCACCCCCACCACUGGAACCACCACCAUACAUUUUUGCUCUUAUCACCAUUAUCACAUUCACAUUUUACCCAUGAUUUGCAUAAGCAUGAGAUGACAGCUGAUUAAUUUGGUUGAUAAAAUUUAUGAUAUAUUUUAAAGAAAUAAUGCUGAUCAAACAUACAUCACACAGGAGAGUUGACAUACAUAAUUUCAUAUUGGCCCAAAUGCAAUAAUGGAUAUCUUUAUUGUUAUGGGAGUACAUGUUCAUAUUAAGACAGUUGUGAGCAAUAUAACCAGCUUUUAUGAACAUUGCACUAAACAUGAUAUAGAUUUUCAUAUCAAGAUGUUAAUAUCUAGUAAUACUCUUUAAAGGUGCAAUAAACAGAUCAAAUUUAAUGCCAAGUCUACCCCAAACAACAUGAUUUAAACAUUGAAAUUUCAUCAGAAUUAUAAUUUUAAGUAGGAAGAUUAAAGCAUUUUGAAAUUCAUAUAAAAAAUAGAAGCACUCACAGCAAGAGAGGUAUUGAGGAUCCAAUGAUGUACAUUUUACAAUUCUUCUUUUUUUUGGGACAAAAUUCAUCUUAUCUUGCUACAUGUAUGUAUCAACUUUACUUUCUUUGUUUAACAGGAAAGAUUUAAUUCUGAUUGUUAUUAAUUACAGAAUUUAUCCAUAAUCUACUUAAAAUAUAGUUAUCAAAACAUUAAUACAAAUGAAUAAUUUGUUUAUGAUAAAAUAAAGAAAUUUCAUUAGCUUUGGAUAUUUGGAAACAUGAUACAUUUUAAUUUUGUAUUCAAUGCAUUUUCUUUUACUAUUUACUCUUGGUGUACAAAUCAACAUCAUUAACAUUAAAUUUUAAUAUCACCUAGAUUCUAAUUUAUAUACCCUCCUUGACUUAAUUCGAUUUUGAAUAAAUCAUUUAUAUAAUCAAUAUAAUUUGUAGCACAUUCAAAAGUAAAGCACAAUUUGAGAGUGCUGUUUUAGUGUACCAAGGAAACGAAUUCCACCAAAGUAGCAAUAAAAUAGGUCAUCUCACAUCACAUUCCUUGCACAGUCAACAAAAAGAUGUGAGAAUGUGAUAUAUAUGUUCCAUUGUAUGUAAAAGUAUACAAUAUUCUGCAAAAUGUUGGUAAAUAAAAUGCUCAACUGUGAACCCUCAA